AUGAAGGGGUUGGCGCGAUCAUUUGUGUAUUGGCCCGGAAUAGAUGCGGACAUCGAACGGGCUGCGAAAAAUUGUCAUGAAUGUGCUAAAAACGCGAACGAUCCUCCGAAGUUUCGGGACCACGUAUGGGAAUAUCCGAAGGCGCCGUGGGAGCGCAUCCAUAUAGAUUUUGCUGGGCCUGUCCUGGGAGUGAUGCUGCUCAUAAUCACGGAUGCUUACAGUAAGUGGAUUGAAGUGAAGGUUACCACCACCAUGACGUCGAGUGCUACGAUUGCCCUCCUAGAUGAGCUUUUUGCAGCACACGGAGUUCCUGUUACAGUCGUUUCCGAUAACGGUACCAACUUUACAUCUACUGAGUUCAAAACAUAUCUUCGGAUGGUAGGCGUUAAGUAUCAUAAAUUGACUGCUCCAUAUCAUCCAUCAACGAAUGGGCAAGCCGAACGUAGUGUGCAGACGGUGGAAAGUGUCCUCAAAGCUAUGGAUACAACGAGAAGCAAUAUACAACAAAACUUGAACACAUUUCUUCGUCAGUACAGGAGAGCGCCUCACUCUACUACAGGUCAACCUCCAUGUCAACUGUUUUUGGGUCGCAAUAUUCGGACGCGCUUGGAUCUAUUGUUGCCCGUAGACCCCACUACAAGAAUUGAACAACAACAAAAAAGUAAAAUGAAUUCAUUCUUCUUUAGUGUCUCCCAACCAGUAUACUUUCGAUCUUUCAACCCAAGGAUGGAUAAGUGGGUUCCUGGCGUGAUCUCUGCUCGCCUAGGAGAUUUGCAUAAUGAGGUUGACUAUAACGGCAAAAAGUGUAAACGGCAUGUUGAUCAGCUCCAGAACCAUAUACCUGAUUUGUUGGCAAGUGGUCCUUACAUUAGGGACAAACCUGACCCCUACAGGCCACGAUUAUCAUCAGAAUUAUCACCAAUCAACGUGCCUGUGGAACCCGGUAGACAGGAACAAUCACCACCAGUCCAAGAAUCGUCUAAUAAUGAAUGCGAUCGUUUCAUUACCCCGAGAGCUAACCAUGACACUGACAGAACAGCAUCAACUCCAGCAGCUCCACGAAGAUCGACGAGAAUCAGGAAACCACGAGUCAUCUUCUCUCCCGAUGAUCGUUAA